AUGCGACGAAAUGAAACGUGUAUUACUGCCUACUCAGCGGUUUAUAACUUAGGAGAGUAUCAAGCUGUUUCGUUGUUAGUGUUAAAUUUAGUUGUCAUGGUAGCAAAUAUAAUCAGCAACGUCGGAAUUAUAUACGGCCUGGUUUCCACUUCGCAAUUUUUUAAUCCGUCACUGAAGCUUAUUUUGUGCUUGAGUAUUUUUGACCUUUGUUUGGCGGUUUUUGCACAGCCGAUAUUUUCCGUGAUGUUAGUUUACAAAUCUACGUUAAGUCAAUGUAGUGUUGAAAUAUCGGUACAAUUUUUAGCCGUCUUCUUCACUCACGCCUCGGGCUAUACAAUCGCUACGAUUGGUUUCGAUCGCUACGUUCGAACACGCUAUUUGAACAACUACUCUGCUGUCAUGACAACAAAGAAGUUCUAUAUUCUAGUGAUGGUUAUUUGUAUGACGUCAUUGAUCCAGGGCGUUAUAUAUCUAUGUGGUACCUUGCUUAAUUUCUUCUCAACAGCAAGCAGAUUAGGCGUGGUAAUUGAUUCCUGCGUGGUAGUUGUGACAUUUGGAUUUUACUUACGGAGUAUAAAAGUAAUUCGUGAAUAUCGGCAGGCUUCAACUUUUAGAUAUCUCAUGAGAAGCGUUAAUAGACGGAUUAUUAUAGUAGGAUCCCGAAUUAUGCUCUCCAUCGCUAUUACAUAUAUCCCGUAUUUUAUUAUCUCCAUCGUACGUUCUAUUUACCAGAGUAGUAACCAUUCCUCACAACAGUGGGUGGAUUUUGCCUUGAUAUUUUCCUACAUUUUAAUUAUGUUGAACUCCUUCAUCAACGCGUUUAUAUUUAUCAACGGUAAUAAAAAGCUGAACCAUAAAGUUAAGAAGCUAAAGUUUUGGUCAUCAUACACGGAGGAGACCUCUGACUCCAACGAGCCAUCUGUUACUGGAAAUGAAAAAAUGCAACGUGGUGCCGUAAAACCUAAGAGUGACGUUGAGACUACUGUUUGA